AUGCACUUCCUACCCAAUGCUCCCACCUUCCUCUCCUUCCCCUCACUGCUCCCAGCUCCCCCACCUUCAACCAACUAUCCCCCCAUCUAUCCCCCGCUGCUCUCAGAUUCCCCCAUCUAUCCCCCGCUGCUCUCAGAUUCCCCCAUCUAUCCCCCGCUGCUCUCAGAUCCCCCCAUCUAUCCCCCUCUGCUCUCAGAUUCCCCCAUCUAUCCCCCGCUGCUCUCAGAUUCCCCCAUCUAUCCCCCGCUGCUCUCAGAUUCCCCCAUCUAUCCCCCUCUGCUCUCAGAUUCCCCCAUCUAUCCCCCUCUGCUCUCAGAUUCCCCCAUCUAUCCCCCGCUGCUCUCAGAUUCCCCCAUCUAUCCCCCGCUGCUCUCAGAUUCCCCCAUCUAUCCCCCUCUGCUCUCAGAUUCCCCCAUCUAUCCCCCGCUGCUCUCAGAUUCCCCCAUCUAUCCCCCGCUGCUCUCAGCUUGGGCUACUUCCCAGUGCUGCUCGCCCUUCUCUCUUGCACACCCCCCCUUCUCUUUCCACUGCUCCCAACUCUUUCUUCCAUCCAGCCCCUCCAGCACCCGCAGCGGCUGCGCCGUGUGA